AUGGUUUUCCUUUGGGACGCAAAAUACGACCAGGCCCCACAGCGCCGCUUCAGCCCCCCGUCCUCCAGCCUGGGCGCGGGGAAGAUGAGCGAGGCUCUGCCGCCGAUGGGUGCUCAUGAAGGCGGUGGCGGCGGAGGUGGUGGAGGAGGAGCUGGAGGAAAGCUGCGCAUGUGCGACCGCACCAUGGUGGAGGUUUUAUCCGAGCACCCCGGGGAACUGGUGCGCACCGAGAGUCCGAACUUCCUGUGCUCCGUGCUGCCCACACACUGGCGCUGCAACAAGACCCUGCCCAUCGCCUUCAAGGUGGUGGCCCUUGGCGACAUCUCCGACGGCACGCUGGUGACGGUGAUGGCAGGAAACGAUGAGAAUUACUCGGCUGAGCUCCGGAACGCCACGGCAGCCAUUAAGAACCAGGUCGCCAGGUUCAAUGACCUUCGCUUUGUGGGUCGCAGUGGAAGAGGAAAGAGCUUUACUCUCACCAUAACAGUAUUUACGAACCCACCUCAGGUCGCCACGUACCAACGAGCCAUCAAAAUCACCGUGGACGGACCCAGAGAACCACGACGCCACAGACAAAAGCUGGAGGACUCUAUAAAGCCCGGGGCGCUGGCCUUCUCCGAGCAGCUGAGGAGAAGCGCCAUGAGGUGCAGCCCUCACCAGGCGGCCGUGCCCCACCCCCGCUCCGCCCUGAACACGCCGCCGUUCGGCAGCCCCGCCCACAGCCAGAUCGCCGACUCCAGACAAAUGCAGACGUCUCCAUCCUGGUCCUACGAGCAGUCCUACCCUUACUUGGGUCCCAUCUCUGCACCAGCCGUCCACCCCACGACCCCCAUCUCUCCCAGCCGGAACCCGCUACACUGUUCAGACCUGUUCACUGACCCUCGAGUCGGCCUGGAGCGCUCCUUCUCGUCCAUCCCGUCCCUGCCGGACGGGCGCUUCUCGGACCCCCGCGUGCCCUACCCCACCGCGGCGUUCACCUACACCCCGACUCCCGUCACCAGCGCCAUAGGCAUAGGCAUGUCCGCCAUGACCGGCCCUCCCGGCCGCUACCACACGUACCUUCCACCUCCCUACCCCGCCGGCUCCUCGCAGGGCCAGGGCGGACCCUUCCAGGCCGGCUCCUCACCCUACCACCUCUAUUACAGCAGCGCCACCGGGUCCUACCAGUUCUCCAUGAUGACGGGAGGCGGGGGCGAGCGCUCGCCGCCGCGGAUCCUGCCGCCCUGCACCAACGCUUCCACCGGCUCCGCCCUCCUUCACCCCUCCCUGCCCGGCCAGAGCGACUCCGUCGUGGAGUCCGAGGGGAGCCACAGCGGCUCUCCGACUAGCAUGUCCGCCGAGGCCGUGUGGAGGCCCUACUGAGUACCAGCUCGACUAAGUGACGGACUGUUGGGUUGACCGAGCGCU